GAUUGUCCAUGCGAAGUUUGACAGCUGUGGGCCUUGUGGUUGCUUCACAAUAGAGGGAGAAAGUUGACAAAAAUUGUCAAAAACAGUACUAGAUACUUUCGCCUAUGUCAUUACAUGGAGAGGGUCAUGAAAAUUUUAAAAACCGACUAAAUCGAGUAGUUCAGACCCCCUGAACAUGUUUUUGAGCUAAAACAUCCUGCGCAUUUAUGUAGAUUGUGCAAACACUUAAUUAAUUACAUAAAUUGUUUAUCCCAAUUUACACAGUAAACAGGAGACUCAACUUUGUUCGUCAAGGUUUGUAUGGAAACAAGCUUCAAAUAUAUCGCGGAUGUAACAAAUCGUCCUGUGUGCUUUACUUGUGAAAUUAAAGUAAAUUCCUGAUAAGAACUCUGAAAUCCCAAUAUUCCAGAACAAAAUAAACCACCACUGAUAAGCUACUCAACCAAUGAACAAGUGGGUCACCUCAGCAAUAAAUUGUAGCCUCGACACCUGGAAAAAUCUCACUUAUGAAUUAGACUGCUUAUAAAACUACUCUGGUGUCUACGCAACUACAAAAUCACUUCUUAAUCGUUUGAGGGACUCCUAUUCUAUCAAGAAUGGAAUUCUUCUCAAAUGUCAUUCAAGGAGCUGCCAAGCUGGUUGGCGACCUCCUCUCCAAUAAACCCGAUUUUACCGAAGAUAUCCUGGUUAUCAUUCCUCCAAAAGGGAAAAAAUCUGUGGGUGUCGAUCAACUCCUAAGCUUGACGAAACGAUCUCCCCCGCAAUGCCUGGAUCUUCACCGGUUAGGAAUUUACGCCCGUCUCCACGGUCUUCCAACAGAAUUAAAGAGUCCUCUCCUGAAAAAGUUUCGUGAUAAGGACUCAUCCAAACAUGAAAAACUUGUUUUGGCUCAAAUUCUCAAAUACUGCGCAAAGAAGGAAUCCACCAAACCAUUUCUAUCCACAACAGAAGUCUCCAACUUGUUGCAAUCCCUCGAAACGACCAACUCCACCCCGACAAUAAAUGAUGACCCGUACGACCCUGAUCUUUUCUUUAAUUUGGGAACAAGGUCAGAACUUUGCCUUUCUUUUUGCAUCAUUCUGCAUCAAUCCAUAGUAAAAGGGGCCCGUGUUUUGGAAGGCGAUUGGAAAAUUUUGUUAUAUUACGAGUCUAGGAUAAGUAAUAUAAAUACAUAUGAAGGGAACGUUCAUAUAUUACGUCGUCAAAAAAUAUCGAUUUUAGCCCACCAUUUCCAUCUCCUACUCGUGUUUAACUUACAAUGGAACCUUUUUUCAAGCUACACCUGGAUUGACUAGCGAGUUAUGUCAAAAAAUCAAGGCAAAAAUUAGGGGUCACGUGACACUUCUCUUUCCGUUGAAUGGCCCUUUUGAAGAAAAAUAUUGGAGGUCGAAGUUCACACGAGCGCCUUGGUUUUCGCCCAGUGGAGGAAAAUGCAAGAGAAAAUUUGCUCAAAAAUUGAACUCAACUGAAAGUAUUUUUCUUCAAAGGGGCCAUUCAACGGAAAGAGAAGUGUCACCCCAACGGGCAAGUCGAGAUAUCCUCGCUGAUCGAAAUCCCCACGAUUAUCUCGAAAUAUAAGCGAGGUCUACAUCGCUCAGAAAUCCACAAGAUUUCCUUAUCGAAUUCCAUGGGAUAUUUGAGCUACUAACAGACAUAACAAAACGUCGUGACACUCUGUGCGAAAUCGAUACGAUUUCGAGAAAAAUUCGAGAAUUGCAAAUCAGCAUGUAACAUAUUAUGGACGAUUAGUGUCAGAAUUACUCUCGAUAUCCCUGCGAAUCUACAAGUAUUGUUAAGAUGGUAACUCGAAGUCGUAGCGAAUUUUUAGCGAAUACAAAAAGGACUAAUUAAAUAUAUCCAGAUCCAGCUGAUAUAUUAUUACUACCAUUGUGACAAUGGGACGAGUAAGUAAAACUCCAACGUUCCGUCUUUGUAAAAGGUCACAGUUUAGGAAAAUCAGCGCUAAUGUAGCCAAAUUUAUGUAUAACAAUGUAACAGAUAAUAUUUCACAUUUUCAAACUGAUAUAGUUAAUUUUAGCAGUUCACAAAUAAAUCCCCAGUCCGAAAAUCAGAACACAAUUGAAAUCAAUUUUAACGAAGACAAUUUAGAAAAUAGUGUAAUUGAGUCGGUGAAUGAGUUUACAAAUUUAAGUACAGACCAAUUUGCUUCAGUGCCAUAUAAUUUAGAGCAAGAUUUAAGAGAAUGGGGUGUGAAUAAUAAAAUAACAAGAUCGGCAUUUAAUGGAUUACUGACAAUUUUAAAUAAACAACCAAGCCUACCAAAAUUACCUGUCGAUGGCAGAACUUUACUAGCAACCCCGACAACAUCACUGGUUGAAGAGUGCGGUGGGGGACAAUAUAUUCACUUUGGUUAUAAAAGUAUAAUUGAGCAGUCAAUUAAAUUACUUCGACCAAACCCUAAAGUAAUCAAAAUUCAAAUAAAUAUUGAUGGACUCCCACUAUUUAAAAGUUCAUCUAAACAGUUUUGGCCAAUUUUAGGACGUGUAAUUGAAACGAAAAAAGUGUUUAUUAUUGGACUUUACUUUGGGAAUGAAAAGCCAAGUGACGUAGAUAACUACCUGCAAAAAUUUGUUCAAGAAACAAAAGCUUUAAUCGAAAACGGUGUAGUUAUUAAUAAUGUAAAAUAUGAGUUUAAACUGUCAAGCAUAGUAUGUGACGCCCCUGCUCGUGCAUUUGUCACUGGAAUCAAGGGUCACACUGGAUACUACGGUUGUGGAAAAUGCAUCGUUAAAGGAAAAUAUAAAGAGAAUCGUGUAGUAUAUUUAAAAACGAACAGUGAAUUGAGGACAAAUCAUUCAUUUCGUGCUAAUCAACAACCCCCUCAUCAUAAUUAUAGAACAGUGAUUGAAAAUUUACCCCUCGAUCUAGUUGGAGACAUCCCAUACGAGUUCAUGCAUCUUGUAUGCUUAGGAGUGACAAAAAAAA